GAUGUAGAAGUAUUUGUCUUGACGUCAUCAUUCAACGUCGUUUUGUGUUGGACAUCUCACAAAAGUAUGGGUUGCAUAACUCCCAAAAUGGCUCAGAGCUUUCCCGAGCAGCCGCUCAAGUUCGCAACUCACAUCCAGAAUCCUGCCAACCUUUUAAAAAUCACAGCCAUUCGCAACAAUCUGCGUCUAAAGGAGAAGGACCAUCCAUCCCAGUCAGGCGAUCAACAAGAGGAACCAGAGAGUGGCCCCAAAGAGUCGUCUGCUUCAGAGAUCCAUUCGAAGCAAGAAGCCAUCAACUUCACUUUGCCACUGUUGUACAGGUACAACGUGAUGAAGCGCAAAACCAGAUAUUUCGUUCGCAACGGAAAGAUAUACGAUUGGCGUAAGAUGCGUUCGUUACCUCCGAUAGAUACCAUACGCAAACAAUGGGCAAAGGAAGGUCGCGGUUCGCCGUCAAAACUGAUCAUCCGACAGCUUCAUAAUCCACACGACCGACCAACUAAACGGAAGUGCUGGUUUCUGCUUACUGACGAGCAGGUUGAGGAGGUACUACCAGCAUGCCUCACGGGAAAGCUGCUGCCACUCUCGUCCCGAGAAUACUGGUCUGAUGUAAGGCGAGACGUGAUGCUCCUGCUCAAACAGUUUGAGAAGCACGGGGGUUCUGAGAACCAGCAGCCACUGCUCGAUCAAAUUUCAAGAUGGAUAACUCUCUAUAAACUCCGAGAUCCCCAAGACAGCUGCCAAAUUGGUGAUCGCAACAAACUGCCUUUUCUACUUCCUUUCGGAGUGACAGCAGACGAUAUUCUAGCCUCGGUGCGGGAAUCGAAGCCAUUUGACACACGACUUGAUUGUCCGAUUAUGAGGGAUGGUAAAGUAGUUGGAUAUGGGGCUUAUAGCCUAGUUCCCGAGGAAGACUCCAAUAAGGAGUGUGAGGAAACCUCCCCUCCUCGCCCCAAGAUCAGCGAAGCUUGUAUGAGGAAAAGAAGAGAGAAACUUGCCUCAAGAUUUGCCAACCGAUACAGAUAUUCUCAGGACAAAAUGGCGCCGUUCCUCUCCUGGGCGACUGUAAUGGAACAGGGUCAUUCCAAGUUUAUUCAUCUUUGUGAGAAAGAUGCUGUUUAGGUGUAAUUAUCGUAGUUGUACGAUUAUGAAUAUAUAUGAAGCAAAUAAAGUAACGACGAGUGAAAACACGUUU